UAUGAUGUAACUUAAGAAAAUAAAAAGAAAGAAAAGGGCUUCACAUGAGAGAAAUGUGGGUCCAGCUGAGUGAGUCUGGUGCCCACCAAGAGCGUUAGUCUGAGCCUGACCCUUUGAACACUGUGGGCUGUGUGUUUUCCUGCUGCUAGGUGAGAGCUGUGGACAAACUGAAAUACACUGAGGCAAAGUUAUUUCAUAAAAGCUUGGGCUGAAAUUCACCAGGAGAGAAAAAGCAAGGAAGCUGUUCCAAUACUGUGUAUUUUUAUAUGUUCAGUACAUGUGAGUAGUAGCUGUUCAUAUAAAUCUUGCUCAAUCUCCUCUGACACAAAUACUAUUGCAAGAGCUGCAUCUCCACUUAAGAUGACAGGUGUAAAGUUGGAUUGUUUUGAGCAGAUGGGGAAAUCUGCUUUUGUAAUGAAGGUUUCAGGCCACAGGAGUGGGAAGCAGAGAAGAUAAUCUUUAGGUUGGUGUGAAGCAAAGGAUGAAUGUGUGUACUGGAGGUGGAGAGGGUUCCUGACACACCUCUGCCCAGAGCGUGUGUCAUCUGCUCUGACAGAAAACCAGGGCUUGUUUUUCGCCUGUUGCAGGGACAGAUGUAUUAAAAAACACAGCCUGGUGUUCUUGCUGCCUGGCCUGGCCUCAAGCUAAACAGCACAGGGAAGUGUUCUUGCUCUUGUCAGCAGUGGUUGGUAUAGGUGCCUUGAAUGCUACUGAAGAACUUGGAUGAGUUGAAUAAAACACGAAAAGAGCGUUCAAAAUAUGCCUGAUGUCCUUUCUGCCAGCUGGUGACACCAGUGGAUUAUGCAAGUGGAGUUGUGAGGAUGAGUUGAGUUUUUUUAGACAGCAAAUCUUGAGACACAAUGACAGCCUGCAGGGACAUUUCUGCUGUGAGAGGAGCAACAGCCUCAGAGAAAGCACAGGCAAGACAGCAGGGGUGGAAACAGCAAUUAAGAUCAGUAAUUGCCUUCUUGUGUUCUUUCUGCAGGGCUAUGUAUAUUUUUGGACAAACAGCACACGUGGAGUUCUUUGUCUUCUGCAGCCUUUUGCAGGGGUUUAGAUUCACCCUGUCUGAUGGAAUUAAAGGCACUCCUUUGGGGAGCACUGCACAGCCCCAUCCCUGUAAGUUCCUGAAUUUGCAAUGGAAGAGUCGUGGAUUUCCUCCUGGACCAACACCAUUUCCCAUCAUUGGAAGUCUCUGGUGGAUAAAUUUUAGAGCUGAUCACAGGAGCCUGAAAAAGCUGGCAAAAACCUAUGGCAACAUCUGCACGCUGUGGAUGGGUCACAGACCUGUGGUGGUGCUCUAUGGGUUCCAAGCUGUGAAGAAUGGUCUCACCAACAACUCGGAGGAUGUUUCGGGGCGACUGCAGACCUACAUUUUCAACAAAAUGGCAGAUGGAAAGGGUAUCUUGGUCUCAAAUGGUCUCAUCUGGAAACAACAGAGACAUUUUGGAAUUGUAACUCUCCGGAAACUGGGAAUGGGGAAUAAAGGAAUGGAGCGUGGGAUACAAACCGAGGCCCGUUACCUGGUGGAGUUCUUCAGAGACAAGGAGGGAGAAGCUGUGGACCCUUCCUUCCCCAUUGUCCAUGCUGUCUCCAAUGUGAUUUGUGCUGUGGUUUUUGGACAUCGUUUCUCCCUGGAGGAUAAAACAUUCCGCCAGCUGAUUGAAGCCUUUAAUCGUAUAGUGGCUUUUGGGAAUAGCCACUUUCAUUAUAUGUGUGAAAUUUUCCCGUGGUUUGCAGAGUACCUCCCAGGACCUCCACGUAAAGCAAGAUUUUCCCGGGAUUUUGUUCGCUCCUUUGUGAGGCAGGAAAUCAAAAGCCACAGGGAAAAAGGCAGAAUAGAUGAACCAGAAGAUUUCAUUGACUUUUACCUGAAGCAGAUAGAGAAAACUAAAAAUGUCCCCAAUUCUACAUUUGAUGAAGACAACAUGGUGCAGUCUGUUUUUGACCUUUUCCUGGGUGGCUCAGAGACCACGGCCACCACUCUGCGCUGGGCUCUGCUCUAUAUGUUGGUUUACCCUGACAUACAAGACAAAGUCCAGAAAGAGCUGGAUGCUGUUCUGAGUCCCUCCCAUCUCAUCUGCUACGAGGAUAGGAAGAAGCUGCCGUACACAAAUGCUGUGCUUCAUGAGAUCCUCCGCUUCAGCAGCAUUAUUUUAAUCUCACUUCCCAGAGAAGCUGUGAAGGAUACCACUGUUUUGGGGUAUCAUGUUCCAAAGGGCACUCUAAUCAUGGCAAAUAUAGACUCAGCUCUUUUUGACCCUGACUAUUGGGAGACACCUCACCAGUUCAACCCCGGCCAUUUCUUGGACAAGGAUGGAAAUUUUGUGACCCGAGAGGCCCUUUUGGCCUUCUCAGCAGGUCACCGUGUUUGUCUGGGAGAGGCAUUGGCCAAGAUGGAGCUUUUCAUCAUUUUCUGCAGCCUGUUGCAGAAAUUCAAGUUCACUGUACCAGAAGGAGUUAAGGAAAUCAGCACAGACAUUAUCUUUGGGAGCACCAUGAAACCCCAUCCAUACAAGCUCUGUGCAGUUCUGCGCUAG